CAGGUCUUUCAUGUCCACUGUGAUUUUAAGGACCACAAGCCCUUUUGCACCUACCAUGCCUUCUCCACCUACGAGAUCCUCCAAGCCUGGCAUGUCUCCAGCAUCCACUGAACCCUCGAUGUCCACAGUGCCUCCCAAGCCUCCCGCCUCCUUGAGGCCCACCAAAUCGGCAAUGCCCAACAGCUCCUCGGUGCCCACCAAGCCAUCAACGGCCCCCAACUCGGCCACAAGCCCAAGCAGUUCCAAGUCUACCAAGUGGGCAAGUACAAAGACAGCCCCUUCUAAACAGCCCGGCAGCAAGUCCCGAGUCCACAGCAGGGCAAGGACGCCCAGCAAGGCCAGCACUGACACCAGGGCCAGCAAAAUCAGCAAGGCCAGUGGGGUAAGACCCCACCAGCGGAGGGGCACACACAGCCGGGGCCGACCUCCUGGCAGAAGGGGAAGCCGCAGCUCCAAGAGGUCACCCAGCAGGGCCAGCACCAUGACCAGGAUAAGAACUCACGGUGCCACACCAGGUGUGCCCAACAGGGUAAGAACUCCUACUUCCCAGAAAAAACAGAGUAGGGGCAAGAGUUCCAGCCAGCCUAGAAACAACAACUGGGAAAGAAGCAAGAGCCAGCCUGGAAAUCUGAGCAGAGAGAAGAGUUACAGCCCACCAGGAGCCUCAGGCAUGGGGAAGAGUUCCGAGCUGGCUACAGCCCCAAGUAGGGCCAAGAGUUACAGCCCCACUAGAACUCCCUUCAAGAAGAAAGGUUACAGCCAGUCUCCAUCAUCAUCGAGGAGGGUGAAGAGAUAUAGUCAGAUGACCACCCCUGGCAGGGAAUGGAGUUACAGCCCAACUGAAGUAUCUAGCAGGGGCAAGAGUUACAACCCGGAUAGUGCACCCAGCAGGACCCGGAGUCAUAGCCGGUCUAGCACCCCUAGCGGGGCCCAAAGUCACAGCUGGUCUAGCACCCCCAGCAGGACCCAAAGUCACAGCUGGUCUAGGAGAGCAAGAAGUCGCAGUCAGAAGAGAGCCCACAGUGGGAAGAGAAGUCACAGUUCGAAGAGAAAUCACAGUAGGGCAAGAAGUCGUACCCGGAAAGGAACUCCCAGUCAGAUGAGAAGACACAGCCAAUCCAGAACCCACAGCAAGGGAAAAAAUUAUAACCAAUCUAGAACCCCCAGAAGGGAAAAAAGUCACAGCCAGUCUAGAAGCCCCAGCAAGGAGAGAGAUCACAGACGAUCUAGAACACCCAGCAUGGAGAGAGAUCACGGACGAUCUAGAACACCCAGCAAGGAGAGAGAUCACAGACAAUCUAGAACACCCAGCAGAGAGAGAGAUCACAGACGAUCUAGAACACCCAGCAAGGAGAGAGAUCACAGACAAUCUAGAACACCCAGCACAGAGAGGUAUCACAGACGAUCUAGAACACCCAGCAAGGAGAGAGAUCAUAGACAAUCUAGAAGCCCCGGCAAGGAGAGAGGUGGCAGACGAUCUAGAACCCCCAGUGAGGAGACACAGCACAGCCGACCUGGAACCUCCAGCAAAGAAAGAGAUCACAGCCAAUCUAGAACCUCCAGCAAGGAAAGAGAUCACAGCCAAACCAGAACGCCCAGAAAAGAGAGAAAUCACAGCCAAUCCAGAACCCCUAGAAAAGAGAGAGGUCAUAGUCGAUUCAGAACCUUCAGAAAAGAGAGAGAUCACAACCAAUCCAGAACCUUCAGAAAAGAAAUAAAUCACAGCCUAUCCGGAACCCCCCGAGAGGAGAGAGAUCACAACCUAUCUAGCACCUUCAGCAAGAGAGGUCACAGCCAAUCUCGAACCCCCAGUGAGGAGAGAGACCACAACCAAUCUAGAACCCCUAUUAAGGAGAGCAAUCCUAGCCAAUCUACAACCCCCAGAAGUCUCAGCCGGAAGGAUUCCACCAGCAGGGCACACAGUCCCAGUCAGAAUGGAACACCUAGCGAGACAAGGGGCCACUCCCCCUCUAGAUUUCUCAGUAGAGCCCCAAUUCCAAGCCAGGAUGAUAUUCAAGGCAAUGCCACCAUCUCUAAGGCUGCCUCACCUGGAGAGAGGUCCUCAUCGUCUUCUUCCAAGCUGGCAUAG